ACUGGUAUACGUAAAUAGCGAGACAUCAGUGAAUAUCAAGCUUUGUGGUGCUUAAGGUAAUUCAAAGUAGAACGCCUCCCAUAAAAAUAAAAAUGAACGACGACCCUUUACGCUACUCAAAACACUGCACUUUCCACAAGAGCGACGCCAACAAUGCGUUAGAAAAAUGUGUCAAAUUUUUAAAGUGUCGAGAUGGUGACUGCGUCAUGGAUGUGGGUGCCGGCGAAGGUUCAGUAACUUUUGAAAUCCUUGUGCCAAAAUUACCAACGAAUUUCAACAAACUCGUCCUUUGGGACGUAUCCCCAAAAUUUUUGCACUUUGCGAAAAAUCGAACCCAUGACAAACGGGUUGAAUUUUUUGAACAGGACAUAACAACAAGUACUAUUCCAGACGAUUUCCGUGGAUAUUUUGACCACAUUUUCUCUUUUUUCUGUUUACAUUGGAUUCAUGACUGGGAAAAAAGCGACCAAGCAAUGAAGAACAUCUUCGACAUGCUAAAACCAGGCGGGGACAUUCUCUUCACACUUCCCACCCAUACUGGACUUUUCGAUGUGUGGAGAAAUUUAGCCAGAAGUGAGAAAUGGAGCCCUUACUUCAAAAACGUAGAAAGUGGUACUUCACCCUACUACGACAUCAACGAUCCUGCAGAAAAGAUGAGAACGUCUUUGGAAGCCGUCGGAUUCGUGAUCCACGUGUGCAAAAACGAGGAGUGCCUUUACACUUUUCCAUCCUUUGAUUUUUUUUUCAAUUUUGCUAUAGCAAUAAACCCUUCCUUGGGACUGAUUUCAGAAGACGAACGUGAUGACUACAACCAUGAGUACGCACAAGCAAUCCGAAAACACCCGAACAUAUUGUUUGAACAUGCUGGUAGUGAAAACGAACAGGUUCACCUUCCGUAUAAGAGGCUCGUUGUAUGUGGGUUCAAGCCUGCAAGAACUACACAAAUGUAAUAAAAAUUUUAAUAAAAAUUGGUCUAAAGAG